AUGCCAAAAGAAACCAAAGGUCAAUAAAAAGGUGCAAGAUCUAAAUAUGAAACAACCGAACAAACUGAGACAUAUAGACAACAAGAUGCUGUAAAUAUUUGAAAUCUAUAAGAUAGAAAGAAAAGAAAAUUCUGGGACCUAAAACCAAAUUAGAUUUAGAAAAAUUAGAACCUUACUUCACCUAAAAUAAUAACUAUGUUGGAAUGUUCAAGAAGGAUGCAGGAAAGACAGACAAUAGUACAGCUGUAGCAUAUUCUGUAACAUUUCAUCGUAACUGUUAGCAUCCAUUAGAUAGAUUGGGAAUAGUAGAGAAUGAGUACUGCUAAAAAUGCAAGAAGGAUAAGGGAUUCUGUCCUCAUAAGAAGGGUACUCACAACACCGUCAAGGACCAAUUCCAAUUUCCUAUAGUAAGGUAAGAAUAUUUUAAAAUUUGCAAGCUCAGCGGAAAUUGGAUGGAGAGAACCCAUUGACAAUGUGAAUUGGGGAUAUGGAGUUAAGCAGUCUUUCCCAAUUUUCAAUGCCGAUUUCAGAAACACCACUAAAAAAGAGGAGAAGGAAAAGAAAUGAUUUGUAACAUCC